GGCUGCUUUGCACAAUUUGCACAUCCAGUUCUGCAACUCCAACACAAAUUCCAUCAUGGCCGACUCGCAAAAUGACGGUGCUCACGCACAAGCAACUUCGAGCCAGGCCAAAACGUUAGCAACGAACUCAAAUUCGAAAGGGAAGGGAAACGACCAGAAGAACAAGAACAAGACGACGCACGGUAAAGAUUCUCCGGGAAGGACAGCCAAGAAUCUCGAAAUGGUCUCUAGCGUGCAGCUUGCAGAGCUCGAUGAAGCAUACGGAGAUCCGGCUGUUGCAGUAGCUAUCAAGAACUAUAUGUUCCUUGCCUCGUAUAACCGGGUUGAUAUCAGCGAGCCAACGAUUCUUGUACCAGGUAGGCUCUUGAACAAAGGAAGCAAAACAUUUGAAGAAAAUUACUGAUGGAUCAAACAGGUAAGCCAGCACGAUGGGCACCUCCGCUCCCGGUCACAGCUCGAUGGGCAGCAUGUUUCGCUGCACUGCUCUUCAUGCAACCAUCAUAUACCCUGCUUCCAGGCUCCAUCGUCGCGGACCGCAAUAGCAUUCGCAAGCUUCUCGAUUUUGUUUCUGGCAAAAGGUCGCAGUACGAUUGGCAAAUCGACGCUCAGAUGAUGAAGGGCACCAUUUUUCUGACUCGGUGGGAGAACGACCCAUCCCAACACGUUAUAGACAGGUUUUAUGAUGGAUACGGCAAAUCUUUUGAGAAGGCUUUCCUUGAGCAUGGAGUUGGUCUCGAAGAUAGCAGUUCUCAUCAUCGCAUUGUUAGUUAUGAACUGGGAGGUAUGCGAUGGAUCUUGCAGUUCGAGGCCGAUGGCUAUCUUGUCGACAACGACGCUGAUUAUGGGUUUGCCACGGACCAAGGAACUGAUGUGUCUGUAGUGGCACUGCCACUUUCGAAACGUGUGGAUGCCGUAUCUCUGAACAGCAACCAACAAUAUGAGAUGUUGGAAGGAGUCAAAGUCAUUCGAAGAGGGAGUUUGGUGUCUCCUGAUUCAAUCAUUGAGGCGAGGACCAGAAAGAAUGGUUCGAAGAGCCCGUCUGGGGACGAAAGUACCUCAAUCUUGGUUCUCCAAGACGAAUCACAUGUUUAAUGGUAAACAUGUUGACGGUGUGGUCGACGCUAUGGAAAAGGUGGACUUUGCUGAAGUAUUUCCGCGUUGGGAAAAGGAAACCAAGGAAAUCCGAAAAAGCUGAUGCACCUGAUCGAAAAGAUUGGGGAAGUUGCGAAGCAAACGGAUCAUAGCAGGUGUUUUGUCGCCUGGGAAAAGCAUCAGCCUCAAGUUGUGAAGUUCUUCAAGGCCGCAGAUGCUCAGACGGGGUUGGCGUUUUCUCAGGAUACGGUGGAGAGGUUCUGGGGAGAGAGAACUUCAGUGGGAAAGAUAGAUGUAGUAACAAUGCCAAUCUGACGGUUGAAGUCAACAAUCGCGUAUUAAUGCUCAGUGAUCACCUUAGACAUUGAUAGAUGAGGAAAUGUGAACAGCAA